ACACGUAAUUUCGUUUUCCAUUGCAUUAAGCAACCAUAGCCCCAGAUAAAUCUAUAUAUACUACAACUACACAUGCAUAUUUCCAACUUCAAAACCUCUUAAACCCUUUGGUACGUACAGUAACUUCAUCAUGAAUCACUUCAAUCAGCAAGAGGCCCCUGUAUCAUAUCCAGCACAGGUUCAGGCCUAUUCUUCAGCUCCAUAUGUUAGUGCCCCACCACCUAUGGGAUAUCCUUCCAAGGAUGAACCUGCAGCUGUGGGAUACCCUCAGAGGGUUCCAGAGGAAACCACCAGCAGAGGAGAUGGAUUUUGGAAAGGAUGUUGUGCUGCUUUAUGUUGCUGCUGGAUCCUGGAUUGUUGCUUCUGAUUCAAUCAUGGCACCAAAUUCUUUGUCAUUGCUAGUUUCCUGUAUUGUAUUCUUUGUAGUGUAAGAAUAAGGAUUUUUGUCCUCUACAGGACAAAAUGUAUUUCUAAUCCAUUUGGCGUUCUUUUAUGUUGUACACUGAAUUCUUUUUUUAGUUACUUUUAAAAGAUUUUUUGUCAAUAAGAUAAAAUUAUUGUAAAUUA